AUGCGUCAUCACGACGACGCAUUCAAACUGAAGUUGAGACAGACGAAGCAUCGGACACUGGAGCCGAUGGUGACGGCGAAUCUGCUGCUGAGAACAAGGGACGUCUUAGAUGAGCAAGUUAAUUCAACGGUAGAUAAGAUCAACAAGACUCGAAGUGGCGACUUGUGUAUUACGAUCUCGAGGAAGAGCACUGACAAAGGCCAAACCCUCCAAAAGACGAUCGCAGACAUCCUUAAAGAGGAGGACAAAGUGAUCUGCAAAGAACCACAGGAGACCUUCGAGAUCCGAGAUGUCAAUGAUGACACGACGAAAAAGCAUAUUCAGACCGCUCUAAAGAGGGAAGCUGAAGAAAGAUCCGUAAUGCCUUUAGAGAUACGUAGACAGCCACCGUGUCACUACCAGACGCUGCAGCACAAAAGUUACUUAUACAAAUUAUUAUUCUGUCUGAUUACAGAUAAGCUUGGAGUUAUGUGCGAAAAUCAUUUUUUGCGUGACUUAUAUAGGAAAAUUGAUGGUGCUGUACUAACAUCGCAAAAUGAACACAAUUUAGAUUGUACAAUCACAUUUCAAACUCAUAGCAUUCUUCAACGAUUUAUGCUGAGGUUUGAUAGACUUCAACUUGACUGCAAUGAUCAUCUCUUUAUUUACGAUGGGGCUCACGCAGUAAGCAGUUUCAAGGCGGACCUAUCUUGUAGAAAUACUCAUAUAAGUGUUGGAGCAAUAUACACUCGUACUAAUUUUGUAACAUUAAAAUACGUAACGGAUGCUUGGGGAACAGACACAAAUGGUUUCCGGCUGGUUAUUACUGCAGUUAAAGAUCCAAAACACGCCUGUAAGGACUUCCGUUGUUCCUUAAAUGAAUUUUGCAUUGAUGAAGAUCUAGUCUGUGAUAGUGUUAAUCAUUGUGGAGACGGAUCCGACGAAGCUCCUUCUGCACUUUGUACAGAAUGAGCUUGGUGUGCCAGGGAGUGGAAUUUUCAUAACUAACACUCAAUGGGCAGCAGCUAAAUCUAAAGACACUUGGGCAGCAAUGUUAAAUUCUUUGUUAACGUCAUUAUUCGAUGAGGAAACUUUAUUGGCUAGUAACUAUAAAGGUGGCAAGCCAAAAAUAAAAAG